AUGUCUGCGACGUAUUUGAUCCCCUCGACUACGUCAUCUGCGGCGUUCUUUCGAGCAUUGGCGAUUGCCUCGACAGCACGAUCAUGUCCUCGCCAUGCCCUGAGGACGUUUUCUUCAAGCAUUGGUGCACGCCAGUCGGGAAAGCGAGACUUAUAUACCACUCCGUCAUAUCAACCUCAUAGUUUACCAACUGAUUUCCCUCUUCCCCCGAGAAACGCCGACGUACCCGAUACCUCGAUCGCCGGUCCAGAGCCGCAGCCCCAUAAUACAACGAAACAGCAACAGAAUGCACCCCAGAAGAGCACUUCUGGCGAGACGGCGUCCAUCAGCCUUCCAGAAAAAGAAGCACAAAAACCAAAGCCAGUGCAACCGCCGCAGCCGGCAGAGGCAAAGUCGACGAAACCACGACGGAGCAAGUUACGGCCUCGCAAGGCUGCUAUGACCAUAACGCCGACGGCCUUGAUCCAUCUUCGCGAGCUUCUAGACCAGCCGAACCCGAAAAUGAUCCGAGUGGGCGUUAAGAACAGAGGCUGUUCGGGUUUGGCGUACCAUCUGGAAUACGUGGACAAGCCCGCAGCUUUCGAUGAAGUGCUUGAACAGGACGGAGUCAAAGUGUUAAUUGACAGCAAGGCACUCUUUAGCAUCAUUGGCAGUGAGAUGGACUGGCAGGAGGACAAGCUGAGCGCCAGGUUCAUCUUCAAGAACCCCAACAUCACGGAGCAAUGCGGCUGUGGCGAGUCUUUCAGCGUUUCGUAA